CCCCCACCGACCCAACAUCGUGCUUUCAACUCUCCCCUUCCCAAACUUGAACUGUCGAUGCUCAUGAGAGGCGCAUAAUUGCUUCCACCCACCCGACUCCCCCGCCGUUCAGGCCUGCUGACGCGCCGAAGCCUUCGCAUUCACAGCAUGUUCCUACGGCCAGUAGAGAUCAGGUCAUCCGCUCGACACGCCUUGAUCAACGCUGCCCAACGAAGUUACUCCACAAGCCCCGAACACUGACAUUGGCAUGGAUCCAAUGGACGAAGACAAGAGUCGCAGCCAGACUCCGUCUGCGCCGGGCCAGUCUAGCACAUCUAACACGCCUCAACUCGAGGGCACGUCAACCUCGCUCUCAGGCAACUCGGGCACGCCUGCGCAAAGUCACCCGACGCCAGCAUCCUCAUCCACAACGAAUGCUGCCAGCGUUAUCCCCCAUACCGUCUCGACUCAGAAUGCCAAGCGCAGGCGUGGUCUAGGUAUUGUAACGCCCAACGCGUGCACGGAAUGCCGCAAGAAGCGAGCAAAGUGCGAUGGGCAGCAGCCUUGUAGCCGUUGCCGGGGCCAGAAAGAAAUCGAGUGCAAAUAUGAAAUCCCCGUGCGACAGUCAAAAGAGAACCUACGCACCGAGAUCGAGUCUCUACGAUCACGGCAAAAGUCGAGCGAUAGCGUCUUGGCUGCUCUGGUGAGGCCUGGCCUCUGGGAAGAUGUGCUCAGUCGCCUACGCAACGGCCAGACGGUCGAAGCCAUUGGGGAAUGGCUCAGCGACCACGUACCGUCCGGUACAGCGUCACUGCCCUCUAACUCCCGUCACGAACAGUCCAGCAUGGGUACAACUUUACCGCCAUUGUCGAAUUACAUUGGCCCCAUCCCCGGAUCCCUGGCGGCCCUGAACUUGGGCCUGCCUGGGAUUGCUGGCGCGCCCGGCACGCAGCCGUCUCCAGCCAUGCAGAACAACAACGGCUCCUGGAACUUCCUUCAGCGGAGCCACAGUAACUCCAACCACGGCGAUUCCCAAACAGAGUCCAUGAACUGGUUGCCUGACAAGCCAGGGUCGGGCCAGCGAGAUACCGAUCGAUCGACUAGGCUUCCUCGGUUUCGCGGACUCGAGCAUAUUUUGUCGCCUCUGGAUGAGCCUGAAAUGAAGUCCGCCUCAGGCACUUGGACCAGCAUAACGAGCGAUAUCAAUCUGGUGCAGCAUUUACUGGCGCUAUACUUUUGCUGGGAGUACCCCACUUUUGCCUCCCUCAGCAAGGAGCAUUUCCUCCGGGACUUUCAAGACGGCCGAUAUCGAUACUGCUCGCCCAUGCUCGUCAAUGCGCUGCUUGCGCUAGGUUGCCGUUUUUCGUCGCAGCCCAUGACUCGAGCGAAUCCGAACGACCCGUAUACGUCGGGGGACCACUUCUUCAAGGAGUCCCAGCGGUUGUUCUACCAAGAGACGAAUCACCACUCGUUGACGACGAUCCAGGCACUGGGUAUCAUGUCUAUAAGAGAGGCUAGCUGUGGUCGGGAUUCGGAAAGCUGGUACUAUGCCGGGCAAAGCAUACGUCUGGCCAUCGAGAUGGGUCUUCACCGGGUACACGACGAAGGCGACGAAGACGAGUUGGCUGUGCAGUCCGCGACCUUCUGGGGAGCGUUUGCACUGGAUCAUGCCUGGUCUUUGGCAACAGGGUCAUUGCCGCAGUGUUCCUGCUUCCCCCAUUUGCCUCCCAAACCCGCUAUCAUCGAUGAUGUCGAGGCAUCCCUGUGGGUACCUUAUACUGACGACGGAGCGCCAUUGCAACGCUCUUGUGAGCAAUCCUCCAAUGUGCGCUCGGUGUACAAAUGCUUCUGUGAGCUGAGCGAACUCGUUCACCAGUCACUGUACAUAUUGCAUUCUCCCGGGCGACCAUUGACAGCGAGGGACUUGCUGAGUAUAUAUACUCAAUAUUUGAAUUGGUAUGAUCGGAUACCAGAGGUGCUGCGACUCGGCCACAAUUUCACCCCGGCCGUUCUCUUCGCUCACAUGUACUAUCACUUUGCCAUCCUCCUCCUGUUCAGGCCGCUCAUCAAGAUGCGGAUCAUUGGCUCCAAAGUUUCACCCCGGGACGUAUGCUGUCAAGCUGCGGACGCCAUUCAAGGACUCUUACGCUCCUACUCGCAAUUAUACACCCUGCGCCGAACACCAUCGUUCGUGCCAUAUUUUGUUCUGACAUCGGCUAUCAUGCACCUCGCCGUCGGCGCCACCACAGUUUCAAAUCGGUCUGGCACGUCAGACGAGGUCUCCAAGAUGGCGGAAGCAGCCAAGCUGGACUCUCGGGUAUCGGAAGCUUUGAAACAAGGCAUUUCCGACCUGGCAGAGAUGGCGCCCUGCCACCAUUUUGCCGAGCAGGCCUUGAACAUCCUGCGGUAUCUCGCCAAGAAGUGGAAAAUCGAUGUCGACGUGGACGACGGGAAGACGCCACCCGAGGAUUACGGCAGCCUUGUCAAGACGUAUACCAACAGCCUCAACUUUUUCGCCCCGAACGUCGUGGACACGGAUUUCGACUGCGAUUUCGGACUCUUCCAGGGCAGCGCCGGCUCCGGCGCCUCGCAGGUUGAGGGCAAGGUGGCCAAGUAUUCGGGUGAUAAGAUGGACAACCCCCUGUUCUGGCCUUUCCCUUUGCAGGGACGACCUAUCCUAGCGAGGGGUUCGGAGCUAGAACAGGCGGGAUUCGAGCUACUCUGAGACGAUUUGGACGAGAUAGUCGAAACUUUACGCAGCUGAGCGUACAAGAUGUUCUGUAUCGCCGGACACCGAAAAGUUUGAUAUACUGGUUCGAAAGCGAUCGGCUAGGGGGGGGAAGAUACCCUGGCUGUUGUUACAUUUAUCAUCACCGCGUCGACCCGAAUCGCAGAACUGGUUUCGGAGCGCGCGAGCCCUGUGCCUGCGACGGACAGAUGUGGUACACGCUUCGUGAGCGCUAUACUGAAAUGCGC